AUGAAGAAGACCAGAAUUUUGUCAUUUGUUUCUUAUAAAGAAAUUGAUACCGCUGUUAAUAAUCAAGACGCGUUAUUAGAGCAGCAACAACAAGACAUUAAUGCAUUGGUGGUAGAUUUGACCUCUCGAGAUCUGGAUCCAGAAAUUGAGCACCAACUAAACACAUAUUUAGAUCUUAAUAGUUUGCCUAUUUUAACUGAGAAAAGGCUUGAAGAUUUUGAAAUUAUCGAAAUUAUUCUGGAUAAAGCAAAUCAA